CCUUCUAACUAUUCUUUCUUUUUAUCCAAAAUUCCAUCGCAUCGUGUUGUUGUUGGUUGUGGCUGGCUGGUUGCUUUGUUGCCUCCCUUCCUCCCUCGAAUCCUGUGAUUGUUGUUUCGACCGAGUCAGGCGGCGUAGAAUCGGCAUGACUCGGCGGUGCUCUCACUGUAGCAACAACGGCCACAACUCGAGGACGUGCCCGUCACGCACUGGUGGUGGUGGUGGUGGAGGAGUGAAGCUUUUCGGGGUGAGGCUGACGGAUGGAUCAAUCAUAAAGAAGAGCGCAAGCAUGGGAAACCUCAACCUCUCUGCUCUUCACCAUUGUUCUGUCGCUGCUGCCUCAUCUCCCAAUCCCGGAUCCCCGUGCUCCGACCCGCCCCAUGAGCCUGACGGCUACUUAUCCGAUGACCCGGCCCAUGCCUCCACCGUCGCUAAUCGCCGUGGAGAAAGAAAGAAAGGUGUUCCAUGGACUGAAGAAGAACAUCGGAUGUUCUUAGUUGGUCUCCAGAAGCUGGGCAAAGGAGACUGGCGUGGGAUAGCACGUAAUUUUGUUGUGUCAAGGACCCCUACUCAAGUAGCAAGUCAUGCCCAGAAGUACUUUAUCCGGCAGAGUAAUGCUACCAGGAGAAAGAGACGUUCCAGCCUUUUUGACAUGGUUCCAGAUAUGUCUUCAGAUCCACCUUCGGUGCCAGAAGAACAAGUACUACUUCCACCUUCUGAGAACUCACAGCCUUGUAGUGGAAAAUCACAGCCUUCAUUAAAUCUCUCUCUGAAGUCUGAAUUUGAACCCAUGGAAACUACUUCUCAAGAAAAUGUGGAAGAGCCCAAUGAAACUAUGACAGGGUCAAACAGAUUGACACCAAUGGCUCCUGGAUUCUUCCCAGCUUAUAUUCCUGUCCCAUUUUCCAUAUGGCCAUCAAUUGCAGAUCCCUUUGGAGAAGUUAACGGAGGAGAGACAUCUCAUCAUCAGGUUCUCAAGCCAAUCCCGGUCAUUCCCAAGGAACCUGUCAAUGUUGAUGAACUUGUGGGAAUGUCUCAUUUAAGCAUUGGGGAAACACAGGUACUUGAUAGAGAGCCUUCCCCACUUUCCUUGAAGUUGUUAGGAGAGCCCUCAAGGCAGUCAGCAUUCCAUGCAAACGCUCCAGUUGGUGGUUCGGAUUUGAACAGUGGCAAGAACAGUGCAAUUCAAGCGGUUUGAGCUUCUGGUGAAGACAGUAAUUUAAGCGUUCUUUUGGUCAUCUUUUCAUUUGUACUAUCAUAUAUAAUUUUUUCUUUUCUGAGCCAGUGUUUAAUCUCCCAAGUAGUAGAAGUUAUAUGGUGGUAUGUAGCUCAGGUUAGAUCAAUUCUUGGCAAAUAUUUAUUCUUUCUAACUGUAACAAAUGAAGCUUAAAUAAUCAAAUAUGGCCAAGAGGGGACCUGUUCCUUUAGCCUUGGUUAUAAUAUUUGGCUAGCCAGCACCAUGUACUAUGCUUGCUCCUGCAUUCCCGUUGUUGAUGUAUCAGUUUUUAUGUAU